CGAGAACGUUGAAUUCUUCACUUCCGUUAGUCCUUUGAAAACUGUGUCAGAGAUUGUCAAAAUUUCAAAAACACAACCAAAAAUGUCGAGUUGUUCAAAUGUGGAGAAUGUAUCGCCACAAGUGAUACGUCAGGUUGCAAAAGAACUUUCAGAUUUAGCAGCAGACCCUCCGGAAGGAAUAAAGGUUUUUCCAAAUGAAGAGGACAUCACUGACAUACAAGCUACAAUUGAUGGACCAUCGGGAACGCCAUAUGCAGGUGGUUUGUUCAGAAUGAAGCUAGUACUCGGCAAACGUUUUCCCUCAGAACCCCCCAAAGGCUUCUUCCUCACUAAAAUUUUUCAUCCCAAUGUUGCCAGUAAUGGAGAAAUAUGUGUUAAUACUCUUAAAAAAGAUUGGAAGGCAGAGCUUGGAAUCAAACACAUUUUACUUACAAUCAAAUGUUUACUGAUAGUUCCAAACCCAGAGUCAGCCUUGAAUGAGGAAGCUGGCAAACUGCUGCUGGAGCAGUAUGAAGAUUAUUCCAUGAGAGCAAAGAUAUACACAGAAAUACAUGCAAAACCUCCCAAGGCAGCAUAUGGGGAGGAUGUAUCAGAUAAGGGCAAUGAUGGACCCAUGGCGAAAAAGCAUGCGGGCGACAAAAAGCUGCUAGACAAGAAGAAAAAGGAGAAAAAGAAAGUCCUUAAGAGAUUAUGAAACAAUCUAUUUUCUUCUUGUGUACUGCAUUUGUACAUCAUAUAUGUAUGUCAUAGAAAAAAGAAAAAGGUGCAAAAAAAAAAAACAAAAAAAAAAAACGGCUGGGCUCUGAUGAGGUUGAGAGUACAGGACUGAGCCCUGGCAUCAUUUUCAUGUGUAGCAUUUACAUUGGACUGUCAGAGAUGUCACCUGACACAUGAUCAUACACAUUUUUGUGAGGAGUGGCAAAGGUACAUGGUAUGGCAGAGUGAGUGAGGCAGGCACAUGUUUGUGACAGAGUAAGGAUUAAUUGUAUGAAUGAGGAAUAUUUGUGUUGCUGAGUGAUCGAGGGAGUUGGGCACAGUUUUAUUUGUAAAUGAUAGACUUGUAUGGCCAUGUGAAUGAGGCACAGUUGUGUCACUGAAUGAAUUAGGCGCAAUUGUAUGGCCAUGUGAAUGAAGCACAGUUGUAUGGCCAUGUGAAUGAAGCACAGUUGUAUGGCCAUGUGAGUGAAGCACAGUUGUGUCACAGAAUGAAUUAGGCACAGUUGUAUGGCCAUGUGAGUGAGCCACAGUUGUAUGGCCAUGUGAAUGAAGCACAGUUGUAUGGCCAUGUGAAUGAGGCACAGUUCUAUGGCCAUGUGAGUGAAGCACAGUUGUAUGGCCAUGUGAACAAGGCACAGUUGUAUGGCCAUGUGAAUGAGGCACAGUUGUAUGGCCAUGUGAGUGAGUCACAGUUGUAUGGCCAUGUGAGAGAGUCACAGUUCUAUGGCCAUGUGAACGAUGCACAGUUGUAUGGCCAUGUGAAUGAGGCACAUUUGUAUCACUGAAUGAAUUAGGCACAGUGUAUGGCCAUCUGAGUGAAGCAGUGUUGUAUGGCCAUGUGAAUGAAGCACAGUUGUAUGGCCAUGUGAAUGAGGCACAGUUGUAUGACCAUGUGAAUGAGGCACAGUUGUAUGGCCAUGUGAGUGAGUCAGUUGUAUGGCCAUGUAAACGAGGCACAGUUGUAUGGCCAUGUGAAUGCGGCACAGUUGUAUGACCAUGUGAAUGAGGCACAGUUGUAUGGCCAUGUGAGUGAGUCACAGUUGUAUGGCCAUGUGAACGAGGCACAGCUGUUUGGCCAUGUGAAUGAGGCACAGUUCUAUGGCCAUGUGAAUGAGGUACAGGUGUAUGACCAUGUGAGUGAAGCAGAGUUGUAUGGCCAUGUGAAUGAAGCACAGUUGAUGGCCAUGUGAAUGAGACACAGUUGUAUGGCCAUGUGAAUGAGGCACACUUGUAUCACUGAAUGAAUUAGGUACAGUUGUAUGCCCAUGUGAAUGAGUCACAGUUGUAUGGCCAUGUGAACGAGUCACAGUUGUAUGGCCAUGUGAACGAGGCACAGUUGUAUGGCCACAUGAAUGAGGCACAGUUGUAUGGCCAUGUGAAUGAGGCACAGGUGUAUGACCAUAUGAGUGAGCCACAGUUGUAUGGCCCAUGUGAAUGAAGUGCAGGUGUAUGGCCCAUGUGAAUGAAGUGCAGGUGUAUGGUCGUGUGAAUGAAGCACCAUUGCAUGGCUGAGUGAUUGAAGCAUAAUUGUAUUUUCGAUUUAAGAGUAGCUGGCAUAUGUUCUCACGACAUCAAGAUGGGUACACCACAUCUGCCCCAUGACAGCACAAGCACAUCUUUCUCUUCCAUGGAUGACUUAUCAGAAAUAUCAGUGAAUCCUUCACAGCAGACAAUUUGUAGGCCAUAUGUUGUCUCUAUACAAUGGCUUUCCUGGAUUCCAACAGCUGAUCAGGAAUACUAUCUAGGUACAUGUGUGAGUAGAAACAACAUUCUGGUCUAAUGAACUGGUGACAAGAAGCCUGGUUUCUUCUGUCGCCAGCUGUGUAACCAAUGCUUUUGUCAUUUCCAAGUUAGUGGUAAUAGAGCCUGAUGACCUAGAUAAGGACACCAUGAACUUCACAGUGAUUGGCUAUAUCUAUUGACCACCCCCACACACAUGCAUUAUCUGGUGAUGCCUGUAAGCUAUUGGUGAAGAGCUUGUGCUAUGAUGGCAUGUACUGAACGGAUGUGAAUUACAGCUUUUGAUGUGAAGAUGGGUAUACAGUGUGAAAAGGUAACUUGUGUGCUCAAGCUUUGAAAAGAAGGCUUCAUGAAAAGUGUUACAUCUCUGAACAUUAUCUUCUCGCGGCAUGCUGUAAUUGUUCUCGAAAUCUCACCCUCUCUUAACUUUCUUUUGAUUGGCUGGUCAGAUGUUUUAGACGUUAUUUUUAUGUGUAAUGUAGCUUAGCUCUGUUGAGUGCGAGUUGGUCGAAACCCCAAUGGUUAGACUGACAGGGUACAAAUCACCCUCUCAUGGGAACCUUGGACUGUUUUAAUGUAUAAUUUGUACAGAUUUUUCUAUUUAUUCUAUAACUGUCUGUCCCAGAUGACCUAUGAGGGGGUGUGUUUGUGCUGUCUUAACACUUUUUACUCUUACUUGCCAUGAGUUCUCUAUGGGAGGUGUUCUAAGGCGUCUCUAAAUGUGUAACACACAGGGAACCAGAUUUGCUCAUCCUGUGGAACGUCUUGUCAAGUACAAACAUCUUAAAACUUUUUAAACUGAUCUUAGAUCUGGUAUGUUUUUAAUUCCAGCCACAGAACUCAGCAGGCCUGUUUGUGAAAUGAAAGGGAGUGAGAACAUAUGUUUGUCAGUCUCAUAUACCAUAGUCCUCGUCUAUUGACAACAAAUAAACUGGGGAAUUACAA